GACGGCGAUACGUAACGGGUCAAAACGGACAAUAUCUAUUAGCGAUGGACUUAGGAUUGGGCUGUUACAGCAUGUUUCAAAUAAUCAAAGCCAUGGAAUUGGUUAGCUCCUAGCUUGCCAUUUAGCUUUUAAGUCUGAUGUAUGGCUGAAUCUUGCAUUGUUGCUUCCUGACUUCUCUUACGAAAUUAGAGCUCAACUGUGUCCUCGUUGCAGGUUUAGCUUCUCGACAAUGUUCUUUUCUCACAAGGAAAACACUGUAAGCACCCUUGGACGGUCGGUGCUUAUAAUAUGGCUCUUUGUUGUGUUAAUUAUCAAUUCAAGCUACACAGCUGGUUUGACAUCUAUCUUAACAGUGCAGCAGCUAACUUCAAAGGUUGAAGGGAUUGAUAGCUUAAUCUCUAGCACCGAUGCUGUAGGAAUUCAAGAAGGCUCAUUUUCAUUGAAUUAUCUGAUUCAUGAGCUGAAUAUAGCAGCUUCUAGGAUCGUUAAGUUGAAGAGCCAGGAGGAAUAUAUGGAUGCUCUUCGCCGUGGACCUGCAAAUGGUGGGGUAGCCGCCAUUGUAGACGAGCUUCCUUAUGUCGAGCUUUUCCUGUCGGGCACCAAUUGUGUCUUCAGGACUGUCGGGCAGGAGUUCACUAAAAGUGGAUGGGGAUUUGCAUUUCCAAGGGACUCUCCUUUGGCGGUUGAUUUGUCAACAGCCAUUCUUCAACUCUCAGAGAAUGGCGAUCUUCAAAAGAUUCAUGACAAAUGGCUAUCACGAACAGAGUGUUCGAUGAAUCUCAACCAAGUCGACGCAAACCAACUAUCACUAACUAACUUCUGGGAGCUGUUUCUAAUUUGUAGCAUUGCCUGCAUUGUUGCUCUUUUGAUAUUCUUCAGUAGAGUAGCAUUCCAAUAUCGAAGAGCUACCCCUAAAGCCCAGCCUGAAGUCGAGGAGACCCAACCUGAUAGGACGGGACGCUUCGGUCGUACGACUAGCUUCAUCCAAUUUCUAGAUAAAAAAGAAGUCAAAAAGGCUAAAAGAAAAUCCAUUGAUAUCAACCCAGCUGGCCAGAGCUCUGAGGGUCACCCUGAUGAACUCAAAAAGGCUAAAGGAAAAUCCAUUGAUAUCAACCCAGUUGCCCAGAGCUCUGAGGGCCACCCUGAUUCACAGCCUCAUUAGCGCUUGCCCCUCGUCCUGGGGUGGAAAAAGCCUGGACUUUUUGGGUUCCUUUUAUUUUCAUGUCUUAUGCAUAAACUACACACGCCACAAUGCAGUUCUCGUGAUUUUGUUUUUGGAAACUUGUAAAUUCAUAAUGAAAACCUCUUAAUUAAUUGAUA